AGCGCGCGGGAAAGAGACCCAUUUAAACUGUGGCGGGAACAUUUUCGGGUUCUUGUCCAGUUGAGACAUCUGCAGUUGGGGAGUCGGUGAAAGUUGUCUCUUCCUGUGUGACCAUGGUGCGGACCAAAGCAAACUACGUACCAGGCGCCUACAGAAAAGUGGUGGCUUCUCAAGCACCCAGGAAGGUGCUUGGCUCCUCCACCUUUGUCACCAAUUCUUCAAGUUCGUCGAGAAAAGCUGAAAAUAAGUAUGCUGGAGGGAACCCAGUCUGUAUGCGCCCAACUCCCAAGUGGCAAAAAGGCAUCGGGGAAUUCUUCAGGCUGUCCCCUAAAGAUUCUAAAAAAGAGAACCAGAUUCCUGAAGAAGCAGGAAGCAGUGGCUUAGGAAAAGCAAAGAGAAAAGUGUGUCCUUUGCAACCUGAUCACAGAGAUGAUGAAAAUGAAUAGAACUUACUCAUCUGAAUAAUGUCUUCGGUUUACUUACAUUACUUAUAUGUAAAUUUGGGUAAAUGAGUUUGUCCAAUUGGCUUGUUGAUGGGGAAAAAGAUGAGGCUAAAAUUUAGUCAUUCAAAAGAAACCAGCUGUAAAAGUGGAGAAGUUUUGUAAUCUGUAAAUUUGAAUUACAUACUUGAAUUCAUGUCCUGUGCUCCUGUACCUGCCAAGCUUCUACUUAGAAUUGACGUCACCUGAUGCUCUAACUACUAAUCCACUGUCUUUGCUCAGAUUUUUGUACUGAUGCCGUUUGAUGGGCAUUGAUUAUGGAAAUAGUGCCAUAUUGUUAUGCCAUGUUUGCUUUAAAAUUUUGACUUAGCCUUUUUUACAUUAAACAUGUCAAUAUUAAUUAAGUA